AUGUUGUCCGAGAUUUUCACGGCGACGAGUAUUGUCCUCGGCCUAUCAGUUGCGUUUUCACUCAUCUUUCGAGCAUUUUCUGUGUCGCCUACUCCAAACAGUAUGUUCCAAGAGACGAUAAUGGGCUCAAAAUGGCGGAGCCUCCUCGGCCACUGCGUGGCUUUACAAAAUGGCCAGAAGUGGCGAGAUAUUCGCUCUCUCUUCGAACCUAUCAUUUCCCAUGCUGCCACCACAAAGCUCAUGCCCGCCUUCCACGAUGACAUUCAUGAUUUGCUGAGGUCUCUACAAUGUUCUACCUCCCCGGAAUCUCAGUCUUUCGGAGCAGAAGUGUCAGGAUAUUUCCCUAAGCUUCAGCUUCGAUUUGUUGCUAGAGCUUUCUACGGGGAGAUUCUUACAGAAGAGCUGAAUGAGUAUAUCCGGGAAUUUGAGGAAUUCAACCUGCGAGCAGUAGAGCUGGCCAAGGCGAAGAACCUUCACUGCCCAUUAGUGCCUGUUUUCGACGCUGUUAAGAACGACAACAAAGUAACUUUGCAAGAGUGUUUGCAAACUAUCGACGAGAUCCUCUUUGAGAAUAUUGAUGUUGGCGCCUCGGGCCUGUCUUUUCUUCUCCUCAAUAUGGCCAGCAGCCGUGAGGCCCAGCAUGAUCUCAGGUCCGAAGCAAUGGCCACAUCAAAUGCCAAUGGUCCGGUCGUACUCGGAACAGAUGCAUCCGCCUACGUAGCGAAAGGCAAUACCUUCUUGGACCUUUGUUGUAGAGAGUCUCGCAGGCUUUGUCCAGCUUUACGCAAGUGCCUCUUCUAG